UCCAGGAUCACGGAUAGCCAAGUCGCCCUAACCAAAAGCGGAUGACGACCAAGUUGCCCCGGGUUCAAGAGCUGGACUUCACAUGGCGCGGACCGGAGAUUGACUGAUUGAUACAAUACUUUGUCGAUACACACAGGAACUGGUUCUGUGGCUGGCAGGAUUGUUGACUGUCUCUUCCUGAUUAAUUACAAAAAGGAGAAAACAUAACCUAAUACACCGUGAUCCUCUAAUCCGGGAUCUGGAUUACGUCGAUGAUGAUACGGUGAUUGCGGAGCCGAGCUAGCAUUCACGAACGCUUGCCGUAUACCCUCCUCUUCCUUGUCGCAUCACAAUCACAAUGUGGCGGGACCGCACAAACCUCUACAUAUCGUAUCGCCAGUCAUUUGCGCAUCACCCGACAAAGAAGCCACGUUUUCUGGGACCUCCCAAUGGCUUCGACGACAGAGCGUCUAUAUCGGAGGAGAGGCGCGGGCUGAUCUCUAGUGGUAUCGAAGAUGACGGCGAUGCAAUUAUCGAGAUGGACCUCCUGCCGCCGCGCUGGAUCGAUGUGCAGGAUGAGGUCACGGAGCUGUUGGCCGAUAUCGCGCAGAAGUCUGCGCGACUAGAUAAACUGCACCAGAAGCAUCUAUUACCAGGUUUCGGGGAUGAGGAAGCUCGGAAGGAGGAAGAGAGCGUCAUUGAGCAGUUGACGCAGGACAUCACGCGCGGGUUUCACGAAUGCCAGAAGGCCGUACAGCGGAUCGAGAGGAUGGUUCAGGAAGCGAGGCAGCAGGGAGGGGUGAGCAAGGGCGAUGAAACAAUGGCCAAGAAUAUCCAAAUCUCUCUGGCAGCAAGAGUUCAAGAAGCUAGUGCAGGAUUCAGAAAGAAACAGAGCACGUACUUGAAGAAGCUGCGAGGGCUGGAAGGAAUGGCUGCUCCCUUCGAGCGGGCCCCGACACCGAUACAGAAUCCAUAUACAGACCCGUCACUGAUGGAGUCUGAUGCGGACAAGUCCUUUUCGCAAUCCACUCUUCAGCAAACGUCGCAGAAGCUUGUGGGAGGACAAAAUGAUGCCGUCAUAGCUCAGAGAGAACGCGAAAUUAACGAUAUUGCGAAAGGCAUCAUCGAGCUUUCGGAUAUAUUCCGUGAACUACAGACCAUGAUCAUCGACCAAGGCACCAUGCUUGAUCGAAUAGACUAUAAUGUCGAGAGGAUGGGCACAGAAGUAAAGGCAGCGGACAAGGAACUCAAAGUGGCAACGAACUAUCAACGCCGCACCACAAAACGCAAAAUCCUACUCCUCCUUGUGCUCCUCGUAGUAGGCAUGUUCAUCCUCCUACUCGUCAAACCAAAACGACACGACUCCCCCGCACCGUCUCCGCCUGCUUCUGAAAAUCCGCAAUUGUCACGUCGAACCCUUCUAGCCUUCGACUCAGGGAAAACAAUUCAUCAUUGGAAACGACACCCUUCCAUGAACCGACUCCUGAGAGACGUAUGGAGUGACCCAGAUAUACGUUUCUAAUGAGAGCCUGUUUUCUUGUCACUACCACUAUUACUCUUGCACCUACUUCUAGUUAUUAUGGUGCAUGUUUCCACUGGGCCUGGUCUGCUUGCUUUUAGCCCUAUGUCAUGUUCCUAAAGUCAAACAUGCGGGACUCCAGCUUGCAUUGUUUGGUUUGAUAGUUUAUAAUUUCAAUGUUAAAGAUACCUUUCGAAUAGUGUAUCAUGGUUAAGUCUUAUAAACUUUCCUCAAGUCUUUAGGGGGAUAAAAGGAGGGCUAGGGCCUAAUCGAUAUCACUUCCAGAUCCAUCUGCUAAGAAAUAUACCUACCAAUA